AUGGCAUCAACCACACACACAGACUUUGGAGCUAACACCGAAGCCAUCGAAGUUGCCAAAGCCUUUUCUAACAGUAUCCGUGGCAAAACAGUCCUCAUCACUGGAGUCAACCGUGGAGGUAUUGGCUUUGCAACCGCGCAGGGCUUUUCCACUCAGUCUCCGGCCCAUGUCAUCCUCGCCGGCCGCAGUCCUUCCAAGGCAAAGGAGAGCAUCGAUGAACUCAAGGCCAAGUUCCCAGAUGUCGACUACCGAUUCUUGGAGGUCGACCUCUCUAGUCAGGAAUCCGUCCGCAACGCAGGCAAAGAAGUCCUUUCUUGGUCUGACAUUCCUGCUAUUGAUUUUAUCAUUAACAGCGCUGGCGUCAUGGCUGUUCAAGAGCGUACUCUAACCAAGGAUGGCAUUGAAAUGCAUCUCGCAACCAACCAUAUCGGUCACUGGCUCCUCGGCUGCCUCCUAAUGCCCAAGCUCAUCAAAGCUACCGAAAACAAACCAAAGGGUUCUGUUCGUAUCGUCAAUGUCACUUCUGCCUCUCCCAUGGGAUCAAAUAUGCGCUGGAGCGACAUGAAUUUUGACAAAAAGAACAAAGACCUUCCCCAGGAGGAGCAGCCAAACUACGAGCUACUUAAACUCUGGGGAUAUGAAAACAGCGAAGAAGCUGCCUAUGUUCCCCUCGAUGGGUAUAAUCGCAGCAAAGUCGCCAACGUCCUUUUCGGCAUCGAGGCUAAUAAGCGUCUUUUCGAAAAGCACGGCAUCCUUACUCUUGCUGCUCACCCUGGCGUCAUCAUGACGACUGAAUUAGGGAGAGAUUUUCCCAAAGAGACGUUGGAGGCUGCUGAGAAGCUGGGCUCGAUGGGGUUCUAUACUCGCAAGUCGGUGGACGCUGGGGCUUCGACUAGUCUUGUUGCUGCGUUGGAUCCGAAGCUUGCGAAUGGUGUUGGAGAGACUUAUGAAGGGAGUGAGAAUUACGGAGCGUAUCUCGCUGAUUGUCAGAUCAGUACUGGAGCGAAGCCUCUGGCUGUUUCUAGCAGUGAGGCUAAGAAACUGUGGAAUUUCUCUGAGGAGGUAACUGGACAGAAGUUUUCGUGGUAG